GAGAGAGAGAGGAGAGAGAGAGGGAGAGAGAGAGAGAGAAAGAGAGAGAGAGCGAGUAAGAGAGAGAGUGAGGGAGAGGAACAGUGAGGUGUGCGGGUUGUGUGUUAGAAGAGAAACCCAGUGUCGCUUGACCAGGUAAAUUCGCAGCGUCUCAGCCAUCUGACUCAUCAUCGAGUGACAAUGACGGUACCAGAUUCUAUGAAUCUCACCGAGUGCACCAACUUAUAUGACCACCGUCCAGUGGCCCGGGUGCUCAUGCCUUUGAUCUACUCCGUCAUCUGCCUGAUGGGCCUGCUGGGCAAUGCUCUGGCCUUGCACGUGAUCCGCUCCAACCUGACCAAGCUCAACUCCACCACAUUGUACUCGGCCAACCUGGCAGCGUCCGACCUGCUCUUCUGCCUGGCGCUGCCGCUACGGGCGAUCUACUACGCCCUGGGCUUUCACUGGCCCAUGGGAGAGACAAUGUGCAAGCUAACAGCCCUGCUCUUCUACCUCAACUGCUACGCAGGGGUUAAUUUCAUGACCUGCCUGGCUGUGGACCGCUUCAUGGCCGUGGUGCUCCAGCAGAGGCUUAGCAAGCUGAGGAAAGUGCAGAACGUGAAGUACAUUUGCUUGAUCGUAUGGUUGGUGGUGUUGGUGCAGAUCCUACCAUUACUGGGCAUGCCCAUGACCAAUAAUGAAAACGAUGGCACCAUCACUUGCAUGGAGUAUCCAAACUUCGAGACCAAGGUCCAAGGCCUGCCAUACAUUCUGAUUGGUGCAGUGCUUCUGGGCUACGGCAUUCCGUUGGCGACUAUCCUCAUAUGCUACUCUGUGCUUUCCCGCAAACUACACCUAGCAGCAAAGACUAACCAGUUAACAGAACGUUCUGGAAGGACUCAUAAAGCCAGAGGAGUGAUCGCCGGCGUGGUUCUGGUUUUCGUUGUGUGCUUCAGCCCGUACCACCUGGACUUGUUGCAGUACAUGGUCCGGAAGCUGAUCUACAAUCCAGACUGCGGGGAGCUUCAGGCUUUCCAAAUUUCCCUGCACAUCACUGUGUGUCUGAUGAACUUCAACUCUUGUCUGGAUCCGUUUGUCUACUUCUUUGCCUGCAAGGGCUACAAGAGGAAGGUGCUGAAGAUCUUAAAGCGUCAGGUCAGCAAUUCGUUCUCCAGUGUUGGACGGACCUCACCCGAAAGUUCUGGCACGCACGACAACUUCUCGCAUAUCCGUGGCAAGAGCCGUCAGCACAACCACUUGGCCCUAAACCCUAUCGGGAGUGGCUCCUGAGAUCAAGAACCUCCUGUGUGGAUGGUUAGGCAUGAGUGGAGAAUGGCCAGAUCGCAAGUCCAACGACGAAAAAGGAAGCAAUUUACGGAUUUGAAGUACGGCUGCUUGAUAAGGACAAAACAUCAUACUAUGGCUGCAGUGCUAUGAAUUUGAGCAUAACUAAACAAUGAUGAACAUGUUAUAAUGCCAUGCGACAUGGUUAAAGAUAGGGCAGUAUGGACAAUGGACAUUUGUGAGAGCAUGCAGACAUCCAUCACUGGUCAGAACUUUUCAGAGCAGUUAUUCAUCUCUCCAAGGAAGACAAGUAGAGAGAAGCGACUUAAGGAUUCUGUCGUAGGGCUGGUUAACAUGGACAAAACAGCAUACUGCAAUUAAAGUGGUACGAUUUGGAGUAUGAGAGUACAAUGAACAUGAUAUUUCCAUGAGAGAUUAAAGUUAGGAAUAUAUAGUGAUAAAAGCCAGUAAUUAAUGAGAUGCAAAUGCUGAACAUUUUUCCAGACCUUCCAGAAUGAUAAAUAUCUGCUUUGCGUCUUCGUGUCAUGGAGCAAGGCAACUACGGAGACAACAAUAAAAAACUAGAGACAGGUAAAAGGUCAGAAAGGGACAACAAACUGGUGAAACGGCAAUGUUAACAGUUUAAAAAUUGCUUGUUUAAUAUCAAAGUUGACUGUCCAUGUUGAACAAUGGUGAGGACGUGCACAAGUAACAGUAGGAAUUAAUCAAUAACAAUAAACAAAGAGUUCAGCAAUAA